GCGCCACGAUGUCAGCGCCACGAUCCCGUCAUUAUCAGCAGCACCAUCCGCUCCACAAAGUCCACCUGAUCCAAAUGAAAUCGAACGUCCUUACUAGGCGGCAGUUUUGCCUGUGCCUGGUGCUCAUCAUGUCGACAAUUUGUAGUGCCGUUUCAGUGACAUCAGGCACUUCGGGCAAUAGUCGCCGUCGCUCGGGAGAAUCGGUGGGAGGUGUAUCUUCUCUGGACGACAAUGGCGAGAAGAGAGUACCGGAUCAGCUGGCUUUGGCAGCUAGUCGGCGGGGAUUAGACGAAAAAGGAUAUUCCAGGCGCGGAUCAGUGAUACACAGCCGGUCAAAGGAAGCGCCAAGCAGAGAUUUCAGCUACGGCCAAGUGGAACUGAAUUUAGUGCGUCCAGAGCAAGAAUCGCUUCCAAAACUAAUCCUUAGCACCACAACCGCAGCAUCUGGCUCCGGAACUUCUGUCAACCUAGAAGAUUCUCAAUCGGCGGCUGAGUACGUGGCCAAUGCCAUCAAGUUGGCCUACAAACAGCCAGUCGCGAUUCAGCUCAAGAACCCAAUUCAGAAUCAGAAUCAAAAUCAGAACCAAAACCAGAAUCAACAUCAACAUCAGAACCAGAACACUAACCUUAACCCCGUUCAGUCACAAAAUGACUUGCAAGCAGCCACCCAAAGAAGUUACCAAGAACAGAGGAGCAGGGAAAGGGAACUGCUGAAGCUGCAAAUGCAUAAGGAACUGCAACAGCAAACAUUGAGCCUGGCCACAAGAUCUUCAGCUCCAUCCUCUACGGGAUCCUCAGGAACCCAGGGAUCGUCCUCCUCCUCCCCUCUCUCCUCAGCUUUGGCGCCAGCACCUGUCUACGAGAAGGAACCCGUGACUCGAAGCUAUGAACUGUAUGAACCCUCGACCGAGGGUGAGUCCCUUGCCCAAGGACAAGAGGACAUCGAACGUCACUACCGUCCCAAGUACAACAACAACUAUCAGCCCUAUAACCCCCCGCAAGUGUACAGAAAUCUGGAGGCUGAGGCCGAAGAAAAAGUCAGAGUCUCUGCCUCCACGGAAAUCCCGAAAUCAGAGAUUAUGAAACAGAUUGAAAAGUCCGUGAUUAAGUACAUGAAGGAACUGGAGGCAGAGGGGAAAAUCAUAAGUACGGCCCAGGAACCGGCCACGCCCCCGCCGCCACCGCCACCACCGGCCAUCACCAAGACCUACUACAAAACCCAGACGCUUUCAUCUGGAGUUUCCGGAUCCAUUCCCUCUUCACAUUCGGAGGAAAAGCGCUUCAGUAGCAGUACAAUGCGACCAAAAUAUACGGCAGCACCAACGACGAAACAACAACAGCAACAGCAUCAUCCGAAGCCGCAGGUGUACCAUCAACAACAGGUGCAUCACCAGCAGCAAAUACAACACCUACAACACCACCCAAUAGCUGGGAAACUGAGGAGUUCAUCGGCGAGCAAUUCGAUACCCAUUCAGCACUAUCAGUCCGAAACGGAAACGGCCUAUCAGGCACCCGAUUUACCUGUUGAUGAACUGAGUCCCAAUGUGGAGUUCAUCUAUAAGAUUAAGACCAGAGCUCCGCUGCAAACGGCUACGGUAAAAACUGUUUCCAAGCCCUAUACCCUGCCAUUGAAGAGUGCCGAGCAUUUUGAUCACGGUGCGGCGCUGAAAAAUAUAGAAGAAUUCGAUCUCUCACACGUUGUACCCACACCCGAUCGGGUGGAAAGGGAAAGAGAACGGGAGCGGGAACGGGAACGGGACAAUAGGGAACGAGAACGCGAUUCACGGGAAGAUCAGGAAAGGCUUACGAAUUCUGGAAAGCCUCACAAACUGUACUUUAACUCGGAAAUCUAUCACGAUAUCAAUGCUUUACCCUACAAAACCAAGGAGGCGGCCCUGCAGGAAUAUCGCCAUAAACUAAAAGCAACCGCAUCCGGGGAACUACAUCCGGAUUAUAAGGGCUACUCCGGUUACUUUGCCGAACCGGAGGCUGAGGGGGAAAAUGAAUCCAAACUUAUUCUUAACGAGGAGGGGUAUCCCUUUCAUUAUGUCUUAAAAAAGGAGCCCGCUUUGGAUGAUCAUGAUCCCUGGCUGGAGCAACAGCCUCUACGUCUCGCCCACGCGCACACACAUAGCCACGGCCACCAGUACGCCCAUGGCCACGCCCACACGUACAACAACAAGCAUGCGAGUCUCGAAUAUGAUAGCUAUAGUCCGAAAUUUAAUAACAAUCCCGAGGGCUAUGGUUAUCAGCAUACCUACAAAGUCAGAGGUCAGGCGGGAGGCGGAGGAGGAGGUGGAGGUGGAGUUUCAGGAGGCGUGGCUGUCCCAGUGGGUGGCGCGGGGGCGGCAAGCGGAAAGCGAGGAAAACGUGGCGGAGGAGCCCAUCCGAGACAAGAAGCGAUCAAGAAGCAACUGCGGGCAUCGGAGGUAAAGGACUUGGAAGCCAGUCUGGCACUAAGGCCUCCGCCAAAAUAGUUGCCCCUCUAAAAAAAUAAACUCCUUUCGAAUAAGCCCAUCCCUUUAAUCCUCAUUUUCCCCUCUUAGCUGAUUUAAUGCCAGAGUUUAAUGCAUGGUUGAUUGUAUAUGCUAUUCUUUUUUUUGUUAGAGCCUAAGUAUAUAAAGUAUGAUUAUUUAUUGUGCG